CUUUCUUGUUCUUACGAUCGCAAUCCCAUCACGAGCUUAAUUCCAUUUGCAUCUUGCUUUCCUACCUAUUCCAUCGCCAACGCGUCUUCAUCGUUCAUCUGACGCUGAUUGCGGGUCAAAUGGGAUAUCGGGUCUAAUGAGCCAGCAAUUCUCUUGGGGCUCCUCCAGUCAGCACCAGAGCAGUCGUCGUGGCUUAACACCCAUCUCGACCGCAUUAAAUAAUUCGACAAACCGCUCAAACACCGCAUCGAACAGCCCUUCACGCCCCAACUUUUCUCCCGCAAACGCUGCCUUUCCCGGCCUCCCUCCUCCGAGGCACACAAUCAGUCGCAAUUCCUCUACAUCUUCAACCUCUUCACCUUUCACUCCUAACCAGUCAGGAUCGCAGCAGCCUCUUCCAGGCCAGCUGCUGUCUUCUGCGAGAUCAAGAACCAUAGCGUCAACCAAUAACCCACACCCGGCUUCCUCCGCCGCAGCUCUGUCUUCCGCUUCGCAAACUGGUGGGGCCAAUUCUAGCAGCGGCGGAGGAGGAUCAAGACUUGCACGAGCUUCCCCAUCGCUCUCACAGCCAAGCACUGUGGCAUCACCAAGCCUAGCGAGUAAUCUCACUUCCGUACCUCCGGGUCAGUCUCUAGCUAAGAUCGUCAUCGCUCAAGUAUUCUUGCUACUGAGCACAAUUAAAGACGAUAAAGCGCAGGCGCAAACGGACCAGAUUCGCAAACUGGUGGAUUCGAACGGCAUGGAGGUAUUCUCCAAGUACUUCAAGCGACUGCUGGUCACCCAUGCAGGUCAAGUAUUUGACGGGAGACCAGUAGAGAGCGCAAAUCCAAACACGUACAACCUCCUCGUGACAGAGAUGCAGAAGAUUCUACAGGACCCUCAACAAGCACAAAGAAUAGCGGAGUCAGUGGACACUACGGAUGGAGAUAUAUUCAGGAACUUCGAUCUCUCAACAUUUAUGGAGCAUUUCAAAUUAGAUCCAGUUGCAAAGACGACUCUCGCACUUGCGUUCAAGACGACUGGCAAAUCAGACUUGAGGACGAAAGCGGACGCGAUCCUCACGAACAACUACACGAACUUCCUUCACGCAAUUUCGCAGCCUGCAGACGAAUUGUCGACUGCUUUCCUCGCAUCCGUAAUAGAAAGACUCGCUCAAUACCCACCUCGUAAUUGGAACGAUGAGAGCAAAUACGAUCUGAGGAACGCACUUGUUGCUCGGUUCAGAGCACUGCAUCUUUCGCCGCCUGCUGAAAUAGGCUCCGCACUGUACAUGGUGGAGCUUAUGGGGCCAGAGAACCAUAUUGUGAGGACUUUCCAUCGCGCAGGUCCACAGGCUACAGCGACAUUGGACAGCUGCAAGGAAACGCUUUCUACUGUGGAAGUGCGCAACAUCAGUUACACACAAGUGACUUCAGCCUUACUCUAUAUGGUCAUCUGCCAGGGAUCGCAGCCCUUCAACGCGACGAAUUUUGUCGCUGCCUUGCGGGAGCAUCGGGCGGGCCAACGUCUAGAUUGGCAAGACAUUGUUCAUUCACUAGAUCGAGAGACGCUACGAGUCACGAAACAACAAUUUCUGUCUCUUUACCGAGCCCUGCUUCCGCUCGCACAAGACUACGAAAAUUUCGACAUCCAACUCAUGUGGGGUGGGGCCUGGAAAUACUCUGAGACCCAGCUCUCCUUCGUUGUAGCUUUUCUAUCAUGCUCAACCGAAGACCUUGACGCUGAGGAGAUACCCCGUCUGCGCAAAGCUUACAGCCGCGAAAUGUUCGAGGAUGCUUCUGACGAAGUGAAAGGUUUCGCCGACAAGUCUAUGCAUCAUCCAAUGGCAUCUCUGGACGCAACCAGUGCUCUUUUUACCACGAUUUUCCGAUCACCAGAAGCAUACAACCAUGCCCAGAGUUUAGGUAUCCCCGAAACGGUCAUCAACGCGAAUACCGAUAUAUUCCUCAUAUCCGCUGCAGCAGUCCCAAAGCCUUGGGGUGGCCUGCAGGACCAGGCACUUAGACAGCUUUUUCAUCCAUUUCUCAUCAAGUCACUACCACACUAUCAAUUCGUCAUGCACGGUCUCUGGAAGCAAGAUUACAGCUGGAUCGCAGGCCGGCUCAUCGAUGCGUACACCUCGAACCAUAUGCUGCUUAUAGUAAUUUUGGAGCAUGCACACGAACAUGGAUGGAUUCCCGCUUUGAUUCAGGCAUGCAAUGAAUUGAGUCUAGAUCUCGCCGCACAAGUACACGCACGCGAUAUUCACGAUAUUAACCCUUGGGCUCAGGAGAUGUUUAUCAACAUGCCCCAAAUGUUUCCAAAGGCUUUAGGUAACUUCCUCCACGCGAAAGCAGAAAAUGAGCUUCAUUCUCAACGAGAGAAAGUCCCACCUACGACCGUACCCCUGGCUGUGAAAACAGUUCAAUACCUGUUAUCAAUCAUGGAGAACCAGGUGCCUGAUGAGGAUCUUGUAACCCUCCAAAGGGCUUGUAUUCAAUCGUACCCACGAUUGAUCAACUACGGCGAAGGUUUCGAUGGCAUCAUAGAUCAGAAUGGCAAAGACGGCAAUUCAGUCUCGGCUGACGCUGAUGAAAAGAUGCAGGAACAUUAUCGAACGAUGUAUGCUAAAGAGUCUGAUGUACGGGACAUCGUCGAUGCCCUUCGGAAGUACAAGACAUCAGAAGAUCCAGCCGAUCAGGACCUCUUUGCGUGUAUGAUCCACGGGCUCUUUGACGAAUAUAACUGCUUCGGAGAAUAUCCUCUUGACGCCCUAGCUACGACUGCGGUACUUUUCGGGGGGAUAAUCAAUUAUCGCUUACUCUCGAGAAUUGCUCUCCAGGCUGGCCUAGCAAUGGUUCUGGAAGCUGUCCAGGAAUCUCAGCCCGACGAGUCUAUGUACAAAUUUGGUCUCCAGGCACUUCUACAUUUCUCUGAUCGCCUGCAGGAGUGGCCUAGCUUCUGCGAUAGGCUACUGAGGGUGCCAGGUCUUGUGGGAACUGAGGUUUUUCUCAAAGCACAAGACAUCGUUGGUGGGCAGCAUUCCGAUAUCAAUGGGGAGGCGCCGAACGGCGUCGGGAUGCCAAACGGAACCAGUGUCGAGGAUUUUCUGGCUGCAGAACCUGCGGUCCCGAAUUUCACAUGCCUCCAUGUUGGGGAGCAGCAACAAGAUGAUGUUUAUGAGGAGCCAGACGAAGAUGUAUCCGACAAGGUACUCUUCGUCCUGAACAAUGUCUCCGAACGCAACCUUAAAGACAAGCUCAAAGAUCUGAAAGAAGUCCUGGAGAAGAAGCACCACCAAUGGUUUGCAAACUAUCUUGUCGAGGAACGCGCCAAAAUGCAACCAAAUUUUCAAAACCUCUAUCUCGACAUGCUCCAGCUUCUCGACGACAAAACACUAUGGGCAGAGGUUCUACGCGAGACCUAUGUAUCGGUCAUUCGAAUGCUGAAUUGCGAAUCGACCGUAAGUAACUCCACCGAACGCACUCAUCUGAAGAACCUCGGUGGGUGGCUCGGAUCAUUGACGAUUGCGCGUGAUAAGCCAAUCCUCUUCAAAAAUAUAUCAUUCAAAGACCUUCUCAUCCAAGGUCAUGAUACGCAGAGACUGGUGAUUGUCAUCCCAUUCACCUGUAAAGUGCUUGUCAAGGCAGCCAGUUCGACAGUUUUCCGGCCCCCAAACCCGUGGCUCAUGGAAAUCAUUGGCCUACUGUUGGAGCUCUAUCAGUUCACCGAGCUUAAAUUAAAUCUCAAAUUCGAGAUUGAGGUGCUGUGCCAAGAUCUCAAGUUGAACCAUAAAAACAUCGAGCCAUCUACUUGCAUUCGUGCCAGACCACCACAGGAAGAAUUCGACAUGUCGUCGCUACUUCCAGAAGGUAUGGAAGGGUUCAGCGAGCUUUCUCUUAUGGGUCUGAAUAGGAACCGAGGCCCUAGUGGCAGAUUCUCGCCUGCCGCAAUUGCGGCUACAUUGCCAGAUCUCAGAGACAUGCUCUCGUACCCACCGGGGAAUGACCCAAGGAUGAAUAAUAUCCUACUAAAUGCAGCCCAACAGGCGGUGGCUGAGAUCAUUGCCCCGGUUGUAGAGCGCUCAGUCACAAUUGCCGCGAUAUCGACACAGCAGCUUGUGGCUAAGGACUUCGCGCUUGAACCCGACGAAGAGAAAUUGCGAGGCGCCGCCCAUAACGUAGUCAAGUCUCUCUCUGGAAGCUUGGCACUCGUUACCUGUAAAGAGCCCCUCAGAAUGAGCAUCAUGAACAACAUCCGAGUCCUCGCUCGUGAUACACCUAAUCAGGCUCUCCCUGAAGGAUUAAUCAUGAUGUUUGUUAAUGACAACCUAGAUUUGGUGUGUAACACGGUGGAACAGGCUGCGGAGAUGAAGUCUUUGGCAGAAAUCGACCUCCAAAUAGAAGAAUUGGUUCGUUCUCGUCGCAUGUAUCGACAAAGUCGUUCAAACGAGCCCUUCAAAGACCCAAGUAUCAGUCAAUGGGCCUUCUACAUUCCUGAACCUUACAAACAGAGCCCCGGUGGCCUCAAUCAAGAUCAACAGGCAAUAUAUGAAGAAUUCGGACGCCAAGUUCGGCCUGCUAUCGCUCACGCCAAUACAGCUUCCCAAGAUAGCAGUCGACAGGUACCAGAUGUGCUUCAGGAACCAUUCCCUACAGUUUCAACCCUUCCAAACCCAGCCGAGGCUCCAGCCGCGCCGCGCCAGAACAUUCAGCCGCCGCCAAGAUUGCAAUCGCUGCCUCCCCAGCAGCAAAUAAACCAACACAUGAACGGCUUCCUAGACCACAAUGCUGCUAGUGAUCGAUUACUGGAGCUCAUGACAGAUCUGCAGCGUGCGGUAUGCGAUGCUAACGAGACCCGCAUAGAAGACCUAUCUCAGACGUCGCCGAUCAGUCGAUUCUACGAUCAAAUACUUGCACUUGUAGACAACGCCGGCACUCAUAAAGAUAUGCUAUGCUUGACUGCUGCCAGCAAGGCCACGAACUUCAUAUAUUCUGACAAAAGCAGUCGACUUGAGGUUGAAGUCUUUGUGAUGUUGCUUUCUCGAUUGUGCCAAUCAACGGUGGCAACAGCCCGACAGGUUAUCAUUUGGCUGGAUCCUUUAGAGGAGGACCGUGUGUUCAACGCCUUUGCAGCUCUAUGCCUCCUCAAGGAGCGACUUCUUGACAUCCACAAGGUUGACGUUGCAAUUGCCAGGGCUCUGAUGUCUCGGAGGGAGAUCGCUAUAGAAUUCCUAUCGGACUUGAUGGAUGAAAUGAUUAGUGGCGAAGUACCUAUCGUCAUGCGAUCGGACUUUGCCGUCACUUUCGAGGCUCUCAGCGAUUGGCUCACCGAAUUCCCUGACUUCACGCGCGUCAAGACGGUUCUGUCGAAGCUUAAUGCACCGGCGAAGCCCGAAGAAGCCCUCAUGAACGCACAUCAAAGCAAGGAGUAUACUAUGGAGUACGCUUUUAUCGAAUGGGGACAACUACAGCGACAGGGUGUCUCUGAAAAUACUUUAUCCUCUUUCAUCAGCCAACUACGCACCUUGGGAAUUACUGGAGAUAAGGAAGCUACCGCCCUCUUUCUCCGAACCUGCAUCGCGAUAUCCAUUGAGUCUUAUGAAGUUGAAGAGCGGAUACUGUAUGGUGGAAGUCUUGACACUGCUUAUGUCAAUGUGGACGCCCUGGCUCGCCUCAUUGUCGCACUUGUAGCUCAACUGGGUCCCGUUGAUGGCGCUGUCAAAGAGUCGAAGCCAAAACAUUUCGAAAGACUUCUCUCAGUUGUUGUCCUCCUCUUGUGUCAACAUCAUCACACAAAGGGUGAAGGUUUCAAUCAGAAAGUCUUCUUCCGGUUGUUCGCAUCGAUCAUCUGCGAGCUUCAGGCUUCGAAGCAUAGCUUCAUUGGACUUGAAAAGCAGAUGUAUAUUGUCAUGGGCAAGGCCUUUCUCGCCAUGCAACCAGUAUAUUUUCCCUGCUUCGCCUUCGGCUGGCUCGCGCUCAUCGCACAUCGGAUUAUUCUUGAAACCUUCGUAAAAAAUGGCGACGACGAGUGCUGGGAGAUGUAUACUCGCUUGAUUGAGACCGCAUUGGCUUUCACUGGUGAGUUGGUAAAGUCCAACGACGUUUCCCUUGCCGCGCAGACGCUCUAUCGCGCUGUACUCAGACUACUACUCGUCAUCCAUCACGACUUCCCAGAGUUCCUAGCGGAAAACCACUUCCGCCUGUGCAAUGCUAUACCGGCUCACUGCACACAACUCAGAAAUCUAGUCUUGAGUGCAUAUCCAUCUUCAUUCCCAGAACUGCCAGAUCCCUUCAUGGCCGGUCUGAAGAUCGAUAGACUGGAAGAGGUACGUAAGGCGCCUGUCAUUAGGGCUGAUAUUGAUGGGUACAUACUCCGCUCUGGGAUCAAAGACGCUCUUGACAAUAUGAUCCAUGACCCAGAUCAAACUUCUGAGGACUACGAGAAGAUUUCUCAGGCUAUCAAUACUCAUACAAAACUCGAAACUGGACUCUCUAGUAUUCCUGUGACAGUCAACGAUCAGUUGUUGAAUGCCAUCGUUAUCUAUGUGGCUUCUUCAACGGAGAACAAUUCACCGUCGUUCAACCCGGCAUCAGGCUCAGUACGGCUUCUGGAGGCACUUUCGAAGAAUCUGCGACCAGAAGCUACCUAUUAUCUGUUAGGUGCUCUGGCCAAUCAGCUUAGGUGGCCCAAUAGUCAUACCUGUUACUAUAGUUACAUGAUCCUACACCUGUUCGGUUCGACAGAUUCCAAAGCACUGGAAGUACAGCAGAUCAUUUCCAGAAUCCUUCUCGAGCGACUCAUUGUUCAUAGACCGCAUCCAUGGGGUCUUAUCAUCACCCUCCUGGAAAUCAUGGAAACGCACAAACAAGCCUUCUGGAACCUGCCGUUUAUUAAGGCGACACCAGAGGUUGAACGACUUUUCCAUGCUUUAUUCCAACAUAUUCAGCAAAACCCUCGCAGCCUUUCCUAACCCCUACAGAAAGGUGAUGGACUUUAGUCGCUACAACCUAUGAUCGCCGUAGUCGAGAAAACGACAACUUUGUCAUCAACAGACAAUAUUGCUGGACACCUCGUCCACUUCACACAUUGUUUCCGGCGAUCUGCCAUCGGCAAUCUUAUUCCUAAAAAUACUUCCACUUCUCCUGUUCCUAUUCCCACACAUUACUUUAGUACCUUGAGCGAGCACGAUUGUCUCUAGAGGAACCGGGUUCGGUAAAAGUGUAGAGAGACACGAGAUGAAAAUCUACCCUUAUCUUCUCAACAUCACAGGUGUGACGGUCUGGCAGGUGCAUGACUGGGAGGGCUUUCAAUUGCUCAAAAGCGAUGGCGUUACGGAUUUUGAUGUUGAAUGUAGCAUAUUCUUGGGGACCGGGUAGCCGCGGUAACGCGGCUGGGUGCAUAUAAUGUAGGAUACUACCAAGUAGUGAACGAAGUUAAUAG